AUGACCGACGAGCAGCGUCGGCUGACUUAUCUCCGCGAAAACGUCGAGCAUCUCGAGCGCGAAAAGAGCGAGCUGGAGUCGCUUCUGCUGACGCUGCAGCGCGCCAGCGAGACCGACGUCGCAGAAGUGAUGCGAGCAUUACGUAUGAGCAACGACCUCCACACCAUUGCACGCGACCUUCACACCGGGCGCUUGCUCUCAAAGGCCCGUGCGGCGUCCCCUCCGCCGGGCGGCAGUAGAAAUGCCUAUCUGAACGUCCCGACAACCCUGCGCUCGUCGCCACCGCUUGAACAAUACCAGAGCCUUGUCCGCACCAUUGCAGUGGCCCAACCUCUGGAGCUCGGUGAGAUCGUGCGCCGCCUCCGCGCGGGCCACGAGCCCGCCUCCAUCCUGGCGUCUGUUGGCUCCGACGCCCUUCUCCAGACGCUGCCGUGGGAGCCGGAGAGCACGCCAGGCAUGGAGGCCGAGUUUUCCGGCCGAGAGCAGUUCGGGCUCGUCAAGGGUGCCGGACCCAGUGGCUCGCAAGACGAGCGGAGAUCUUCAGGCGCGCAAAGCCCGCCGGUCAAUCAUUGGACCACCGUGACCCAAGACCCUGAUUGGAUCGAGCAUCUGCUCUCCCUUUACUUCUCCUGGCAGCACCAAUUCUUCCAGAACUUCCCGGAACAGCUUUUCAGAGCUGACAUGGCCUCGGGCCGGACUAGCUACUGCUCCGAGCUACUUGUCAACGCACUGUGUGCCGCAGGCUGCCUCUUCUCCAGCAGUCGACGAGCCCGACGUGACCAAGACGAUCCUGGCACAGCUGGAUUAGACUUUUAUGGGGAGGCAGUCAGGCUGUUGAACGAGGAACAGGCGUCGAUGCUGACAACGACCGCUGCCCUAUCAAUCCUGUGCCACAUUGAGGGCAACUUCACCCACCUGAGCGCACAGUGGCAGUACAGCGGUCGCAGCUCGCGGAUGGCUCUUGAUUUGAACCUCCACUUGCGCAAUGACACAAUACCCAAAGAUCAGCAAAGCAUCGAACUCAUCGAGGACGAUGCUCGCGCUCACGUCUUUUGGGGUUGCUUUGUCACAGAUCAGGUCAUCAGUUUUACUCUUGGGCGUAUACCGUUGAUACCAAACAACGCCAUCACAGUAGAUAUCCCCCCAGUGGACUCUGCCAAAGACGAUUCUAAGUGGGUCGCGCACGGCCAAGUGAACGAGCUUAGGAAAAGUUUUGGGUCAACUACCUUUCGACAGGUUAUCAGCCUUUCCAAGAUAGUCAACUCUACUCUUCAAAUGUUCUUCGCUCCUUCGAGAACAAUAAGCGGAAGCCUGUUGUUAGAGGAAUACAGCAAAUACACCCAAUGGUUUGCCAAGCUGCCUGCCACGGUACAGUCGGUGGAGAAUGCGCCGCCACAUGUCAUAAGCCUACAGAUGUAUUACUACGCCGCAGUCCUGCUACUCUUCCGCCCAUUCUUGAAGGCGAGGUUCACCGAAUCCGACUUGUCCCCACGGGAAGUGUGUAGACAAUCGGCCAAUACAAUCUCGUACCUCUUUGAACGACACCGGCAGCUCUACGGCCUGGAUGGUAUUUUCACCUUCCAACUCCACUGCCUGUUGACCGCGUGCACCAUCCACAUUAUCAAGUUGCCUUCAAUAUCUGCAAUAAGCCAUUUAGCGGCUGCUUGUAACAGCUUCCAAGAUUUAGUCAAGUAUAAUCAAUGGGCGACCGGAAGUCUCGACAUUAUCCGCAGCCUCGUUCAGAAAUGGAAGAUCGUGCUCCCGUUAGAAGUAGAGCACGCUCUGUAUCGCGACCACACCAUACCGCCAGCCCUAUCCGAAGGCACAUCCGCCGAAACAAACAACCUCUCCGAUGUGGACUUGAACACGGAAAAUGGCGCCAACCUCGUCGACCGCGGCCGCGCCCCGGCAUUCACCUUAUCCGCGUGCCGUCCAGAAAAACGCGAGGCGCGAUUCCCUAGUCCAUCGGCCGGAUCGCAGGUACUCCCGAAGCGCCAGCGUCUUGCAGCACCCCGCUUUCACGACAAUGAGGAUUCUACCCAUGGCCCACUCUCCACCACAGGCACCACCACCACCACCACGACAACGACGACGACGACAACGACGACGGAGGCGUAUUCAGCCACGUCCAGCUCAUCCACGACCCACCAACAAAUGAUCAUGCGAUACCUUUUCGCACCUUUUCCGCAUCAGCCGGCCCCACUGCUGGGGCCAGUGCAUACCAGCACCAGCCACAACGGCUGGGGAGACGAGGACGGUACAGAGGGAGGAGACACUUGGAGCGAAGAGCUGCGCAGCGUAAGCCAGGGCUUCGACGGGCUGAAUUUUGUGGCGGACGACGGAUUCGACCCGUUCAUGGGCUACCAAGGGGACCGAUUUUGA